GCGACUCAGUCUCCCGUCGCUACUGUGGGAAAGCGAAACCACCGGUCGCGUUUGAGCGGGAAGGAGGAGGAGACGACGUAGGGGCCGCAGCCAUUUUCCGAUAAAGUAGCGGGUCACAAAAAGCAACUACGCACAAAGAGUUGAACGGCAGACACCGCCGCCGCCGCCGCUGCCACCGGGCUCAACGCGCAAGUACCGCCUCCGUGAGGAUCGCGGAAUCUCCGCCCAGAUGGGACUCUCCCCUAACGGCCGUCCCACAAACCGCCCGUGAGGCAGCGGGGCCCCCAAACGCUCCCCGGUCCCAGAAACAGCGUCAGUUCACUUCCCCGACCGGUCCCGCGCGCACCGCGAACGCGUUGCAGAGGACCCCCCCGACCAACCCAACGAACGCCGACGCCAAAACUCGUGAUGAUGACGUGGUGUUCGCCGUGCCCGUGAAUGUGUCCCUGCCAGCGCUACCGGCUCCGAGGACGUCGCCGCUGCGAGUCGCCGUCCCGUCCGUCCCCGUGAACGGAUGUCCCACCUGGGUCCGUCCGCCACCAGCACGAUGCUCCCGUCGUUCGGCUUCACCCAGGAGCAAGUGGCAUGCGUAUGCGAGGUGCUCCAGCAGUCCGGCAACAUCGAGCGUCUGGGCCGCUUCCUAUGGUCCUUGCCGGCCUGCGAGCACCUGCAGAAGAACGAGAGCGUGCUCAAGGCCAAAGCGCUCGUCGCCUUCCACCGGGGGAACUUCAAGGAACUGUACCGGAUCCUGGAAUCCCAUCACUUCUCCGCUGCCUCGCACCCCAAGCUCCAGGCGCUCUGGCUCAAGGCGCACUACAUCGAGGCCGAGAGGCUCCGGGGUAGGCCCCUGGGUGCAGUUGGGAAGUAUCGGAUUCGCAGGAAGUUCCCGUUGCCCCGGACCAUCUGGGACGGCGAGGAGACCAGCUACUGCUUCAAGGAGAAGUCGCGGAACAUUCUCAGGGAGUGGUACGCCCACAACCCGUACCCGUCGCCCAGGGAGAAGAGGGAGCUCGCCGAGGCCACGGGACUGACCACGACGCAAGUCAGCAAUUGGUUCAAGAAUCGCAGGCAGAGGGACAGGGCUGCCGAGGCCAAGGACAGGGAUCCUAACGACAAGACUCCCAACAAGAGUUCCGGGAACAGCAACCACUCCAGCAAGUCGGGCUCCGACUCAGGCGGCUGCAUGAGUCCGCCGGACAGCAGCGUGGUCAAGGGAGGCGACCGAAAGCCCUCACCACCACCAGCACCCCUCCACCUCCAUCUGGGAAACCUCCCGGGAAGUCCAGCAACACCCACUUCGGACAUCUCCCUCCACCACCACCACAGCAUGAACGGGCUCUUCGGCUCGGAGCUGAAGACGUCCACGUCCACGCCUGUCCUGUCCCAUCCGUCGUCUUCGCUGUCAGGAGACCCAUCGUCAGUCCUGCCCGGAACCACAAGCGGCUUCAGGUUGGGCCAUCCGCUUGUCUCGGCAGCGGCACUGACUGACCUCAGUCUGGGACUGACACCGGACUACCAGGCCUUAUGACAAUCAGUUGCGGGGACAGCCGGGGAAUCCGGCUGGUCCCCGCUCUGUCUUCUGCCACCGGAGCCACCGCCCCACUUGAUGACCUCCCAGACAAGAGGCUCCAGGGCAGAGUCCAUGUUCUGCACGUGAGAGGUUCACUUGGACCAUCACAUCGCUUCGAAAGACGAGCUCCUUGCUUGAAAUCUGCUCGGACUGCUGCCGCGCUGAGUGGCCUCACGGACUAGUCGGCUCCGAAAAAGCACAGUUUGCCGAGUGCUAGUCGUGUUUAGGAAGCUCGGAGAUUGCGCUGGUGAUAGCUUGUGCGUGUGGCCAUCUGCAUGGUGAACCGCUGUGAAACCACAAGGCGUAAGGUGGCGCGAGGCCAUGUGUGUGUGUGUGUUUGUGAAAGAGGUGGGGCGACAGUCUAGGAAACUUGGGUUGCCGUCAGCUGUGCCACGCUGAGUAUCGACUGUGUCACCUGAGGUGUCAUCUUUCUGCAAGAUGUCAGGAUUCAGUGACGUUCCGGACCACGAAUGCGUGCAGUGGAUUUUCGGAAAGCUCGUUUUCAUGACAUCCUUAGACGUUAUCACGGGCAUGCAUCCCACAAAAGAUAGAUGCUAGUCUUUUGUUCAUCAACAGAGUCGUGCAAUAGUCGGGCGUGGCUCUAACAAAAGAAAGAAAGGAAAACAAUCCAAAUAAUAUUGCAUAACGUUAGCGAAUAAGCUGGGAAGAAAAGAAUCCGACUAUGUUGCAGGUGCACACCUAUUCAUAAAAAAGCGUUUCCAAAGCAUGCAAGGUUUUUUUUUACAUUUCAAGACAUGACGAACUUGCUACGACUUCACUACACCAAGAAUCACAACGAAUUAACAGACGCCAGGAUACUUGGUUUGUUACAUUCUUCAUUUGUAUAGAGAUGUUGUCCCAUACGGUUUAUACUCGACUCGCUAGGAACACGAAUCAUUAUUUUUAUUUUGCAGUUUUGUUUUUCUUGGUAAAUGUGAUAGGAAUGUGGCGUACACAUCCAAAUUGAAAAGAAAUUAGAUUUGUGUUUUUAGUAUAUAAUGAUUUGCUUGAUGUGUGGCUGUAUAGAAGAACAAGAGCACCUGCUGCAGUGCAUUGAAAGAUUACAAGUGUCGUUUAUGUCUGUCUGUAUGAAAUGUGACUGAGGUAGUUCGCGAUAACUUUUUUCUUUAAAUUCACUGAUACCACUGGCGCUGCAAAUCUUCUGUUCAUUUUGGUAACAAAUGUUAGGCGUUACAAAUUGGUCUGUUCUUAAAAAAACAAAACAAAAAAAAAAACACGUGAGUACCUUCGACGUUUCCUGAACGAUUGUUCGGAUAACAAGACAUCAUUUGCGACGGAACUAGGAGAGGUCUCUUGCCUAAGAUUAAAGAAUAUCUUGUGAAGAGUGUGAGAGCAGACAUUCACCAUGUUGUCGGCUUACUACAUGAGCACCCUACGGGUGUUUCUUUACUAUGAUUUUGGAAGUGCUAUGUUGGAAAUAUUUUGAAAACAUCUGAAUGUCUUCAUGGAUGAACUCCCUUGGAAAUAUCAGACUGACCAGAUUUCUCGGUACAAUGUGAAGGAUGUGCUUUACGAUGAAUGUAUUGAACAUAUUUCUGUGCUUUUGUUUUUCUGGUACAGUAAUGCCACGAGAAGGUUUGUCUUGAAACGUCAGUUGUACUUAAAAAAAUUGUAUCUCGCAAAAAAAAAGUCCAGAAGGUACUUGCAAUCACAUUGAAUAAUAAUAUAAACCAGAUGGUUCAUAGGCAAUUUAAAGUGGAAUAUAAAUAUAUAAAUACAAAUAUUAUAUUGAGUAAGUUAACUGUCCAUACCUUUCGCAGCGAGUAGAAGUUGGCAACAUCUGGACGUUGCUGGCUUUUUUGUAAAUAGUAAUUGACGAUAGUAUAAAUAAACGUAAGGAAAAACCCUGA